AUGGAAAAACCAUUUGCAAGCUUGGUGGACAAUGCUGAAACCACAAACGACGUCCCUACCACAGACGGCGUCCCCCGUGAGACACCGGUGAGAGAAACCAAUUCCACUGCAUACUUGCAUUUCAAAGAAGAAGGUUUGCAAGAAGAGGCUGAUUGGGACAGAACGUUGCUUGAUGAUGGUGAUGAGGAAGACAGUGACGAUGAAGAUGCUGAUGGUGACCUUGACGUUGUUGGCGGGCACAUGGUGGAGGGCGAAGAUGCAGACCAAGACCCUUUGGCUGGAGUCCCUGGAUCUACAUCAUUCACAACCCUCCGGGCAACGGCCCAGGCAUGUCAGCGUGGCCUUGUGAUCAAAAAAGUUGACUCAUCCAACAAUUUCGAGAUUUCCUUCGACCUGAAUCUAAAGCAGAAGGCAAAGGAUCGCCGAGGCAUUGCUCAUUUUGCCAUUGGCGGUGCCAUUCGGAGUCAAAUUCCUCGGAUUUGUGUUGCACCCUCUUCGACUCGACUGCUGUUCUAUUUGCGCCAUGGCAACUUUCGUGCCAAGGUUUCUACAUCAGAAAUUCCGCUUGGAAGAACUGUGAAGGUCAGAUUCCGCUUGUCCCAGCACAUGGCCAGCAUCGACAUAGAUGGAAAAGUUGAAGCAGCGCUCUUUGCCGAAGACUUGCACGUCCCAGUUCCUGCAAAGCUCUUUGGGUAUAUGAGUGGUCCUGGAGACAAGGCCGCUGAAGCAAUCGUGGGCAAUGCCGUUUACCGCUGGCGUCAUUUUGCCUUGCGGCCCAGAGUACAGGCAACGACCAUUUUUGAGCUCCCUCCUGAUGAGAUUCAGCUCAUGCGGACAGUAACAAAUGAAUUGAUGAAGGCUCGAAGGUGGGCGACUUUUGACGCCGUGUUUGGUCUGAUCGUCUUGGCCAAUGCCGUGGCCAUGGGAGUUCGAACGGAUUGUCAAUGUGGCAGCGACUUGCUUUGGCAAGUGCUUGACAACGUCUUCCUGAUCGCUUUCAUUGUGGAAAUUCUAUUGCGAGCAGUCAUAAGUGGAUGCCGCCAGUUUGGCAUAAUGCUGUUGACCGAUAGCUGGGUGCAGUUUGAUGUGAUUGUUGUGGCCUUGAGCAUUACAGACACCUGGGUGUUGGGGGGUGUUGGCAGCGGGGGAGUGUAUUCAUUGGCUCGCUUGUACCGCUUACUGAAGCUUGUAAAAAUGGUUCGAGUGCUACGAGCAUUCCGUCAACUGGCUAUGCUAGUGGAAGGGAUCCUCAACUCUUUGCAGACUCUAUUUUGGGCCGUCCUGCUGCUGGGUAUGACGAUCUUCAUUCUUGGAGUGCUGUUGGUGACCAUGACACAGUGGGAUGUGGUGGGAACCACUCAAAUCGUUCCAUAUUUUACCUCCCUUCCCAUGGCAAUGUGGGCACUUGUUCAAGUUUCCACCUUCGACGGCUGGGUGGAUUUGGUGAGGACUUCGGCAUUUGAACUCGGGGGGAUCCAUGGAACUGCCAUGGCCGUGGUGGUCCUGUUAAGUGCUUGUAUAUUGGGUUUGGGCCUCAUGAAUUUAGUGGUGGGUAUUCUAUGCAACACCGCUUUCAAGUUGGAAGCUCGCCAAGUACGAACCACUGGAGCAGAAAGGCUUGUAUCGCAGCAAGAGGCUCUUGAGUUGUUCCGCCUGCAGCUCACAAGACACGGCACGCACUUGCUGAAAAACCAUCGAUACAUUGCAAAGGAUGAAUUUGUGGAAGCCUUGGAGGACAACAAUGUGAAGGCGCUCCUUCGAAUCUUGGAUCUUUCCUCAAAGGACUUUGACCUGCUUGUUGCUGCAUUUGAGGAAGAUGGCAAUGUUGAGAUUGACGGCAUUGUUGAAGCCAUUGGCAUCAUUGAACUUCAAUCCUACUUUGCACGAAGCGUUGCCAACAGUGUGAAACGAAAUAAGGCAGGAACUGCCUUGAGACCAGUUGAUCUGUUAUUUUUUUGCAUUAGUUUGCGUCAGCUGGAGUCUUCCAUGGCAAAGGUGGAGAAGAAUGGCAGGAAUCUGUGUGCUUUCGCUUAUGACGCUUUGAGCGUAUUGUAUACAAGAGCCGAGAAGUCAUUCACCCUACUUCGGCUUCACAAUGACGUCAAGUGGGCGCCUCCAACUUUAAAAGUAGAGCCUGUGCAGUCAUCCUUGGAUGUGAGAAAGAUGGAAGAGACGGCAAAUCAGUUCAACCUUGAUGCAGAAGAGCAGCAGCUGGUCAUGCCGAUUGACGUGUUGUUUGGCAGCUUGAUUGUUAUUAACGGAGCUUUUGUUGGCAUACAGGCCAGUCAAGAAGACGAAAAUACACUGAUCUAUUGGAUUGACCUCAGCUUCACCAUGGUCUUUACAAUUGAAUUUAUUCUUCGUGCAAUUCUGGCUGCAGAUUUGAACUUUGUUUACCAGCCGGAGGAAACAGACACCGACUUCAAUUUCUUUGAGCAGGCAAACCGCAAAGUUAGCCGCUUUUUCCAGCUGAAAUCUCGAAUGAGGUGCUUUAUUCUCCCUCCUUGUCCUCCUGGUGGGCUUGGCAGCAUUCUUUCGGCCAUGUGCUACAGUCUGAGGGAAUUUUCGGUGCUAUUCGACUUUGUCAUCAUAGUGUUGUCCCUACUAGAUUCACUGGUCAUUGUGCAGCUUCGCAACGCUGGUGUCUUAAAUCUGGAUACCUCUGCAUUGUCGGUUCUGCGUGCUUUCCGCUUGUUUCGGCUGGCCAAGCUCUUGCGGGUCUUCAAGCUCUUUCCGCAGCUGCAGAAGAUGGUCUUUGCGCUGAUUGAGACCUGGCGGCAAGUGUGCUGGGCCCUGGUUCUUAUUCUGAUUGUACUUUAUGCAUUUGCAAUCUAUGCCGUCUCCAUGGUGGGGAAUGAUUCAGCAGAAGGAACACCUGCCAAAAAGUAUUUUGGCGACCUGCGAAGUGCCUUUCUCACAGGCUGGCAAGUGACCACGUUCGACCACUGGGAUGAAGUGCUGAAAACAGCCAAAGGUGAUUGGCUGAAUUUGAUGAUGCUACUUCUUCUUGCCAUUGUUCUGGGUCUCGGUUUGAUGAACAUGGUCAUAGGUGUCCUUUGUGAAUCAGCAUUGGGUUUGCAAGCCAGAGAUGAGCUCGAGACACAACGUGUUGAUUUGAUUGCAUUCUUGGCAGCGAUGAAGACCCUCCAAGAGGCUUGCAACAAGGAGUUCGGCACGCAAAUUCUGUCAGCCAACAUGGUUGAGCGUGCCACUGGCUUGAAGAUGCACCCCAAGGUCGCAAGACCAUCUGUAGAUCGCCAGGCCAGUGGCCACAGCGGCGGAUAUAGUGAAAAAAGUGGCUCAAAGCAUUCACUUGGGCAUGGCACUUCUGCACAUCAACAGUUCCAGCAAAAGCUUGAGCAGUCACUAAGUGAUGCUGGCUUGCACCGGCUUCUUGUGAAACGAAUUUUUGACAAGGUUGACCAUGGAAGAAGUGGUUCCAUCACAGUUGAUGAUUUGACAAAAGGGGCGUUGGUGGUGAAAGAAGACUUGGCAAAAGUGGAGCUCUACGGAUGUAUGGCGGCCUUGCGGGAUGUGAGGGCCAAGUGCAUCAGGAUGAAUGACUGCAUCCUGAAAGUUCACGUGUCUUUGCAACGGGUGUUGGAAGAGAUGCGCGCUGUCAUUCAUAGGUGUUAUGACAAAGACACCUUUGGAAAUAUUGCAGCGGCGCCCACGAUCACUGGGGAGUAUGAUGCGAGCACCUUGCGACCGGAGGCGGAGAAAGCAUUGAUUGAAAUGUGUAAAUGGUUUGGAGAAGGAAGCCUUCCUCACAUCUUGGGCAUGGGCCAUUUGCAUGUCAGCACUGGCACGGGCAAAAUCACGAUCUCAGGCGACGAAGUGGUUGGUUCUGGCACCGCAUUUCGUACCGAAGUGCAGGUUGGAAAUAUUCUCUUGGUUGAAGCGACCGUGGUGCAAGAAAGCGGCGAUUCUUGCAAGAAAACCUUUGCACUUGCAGUAGCCGUUGUGCUUUCUCAGUCCAAACUCAAGAUUGCAGGAUUUGUUGCAGAUGAGGUGCCUAAGGAGGUGACUUUCGUCAUUGCAAGGAGUUUGGGCAGCCAGAUGCCGCAAGAAAUGGCAUACACUGGGACCACGGUGGUUGUUCCCAAGCAGAUGUCACCGCGAAGUGCCCAACAUUUGUUCGAGUGGGACUUGCAAACACAGAGACGAGAUGUGGUGAAUUUGCGAGCUGCAGAGGAACAACAUGGGAUGUUGCAACAGUUGAAAAAAGAGGUUGACUUUGAACUGCUGACUGUGCUGGAGCGUCCCUUGCUCAGAAUGUGCCUGCAAGCUUGGAAAUCACAAAUCAAGAUUCGACAGAAGACCGUGUCGCUUUUAUGGUAG